AUGACUGCCUUUGAGUUUAUGCGGCUUUUCAUCACACUCGUCCUACUUCUUAUUAUCGGUUUUAUAUUUGUGGCCUCAUACCAAUUCUCGAGCCCAAUACUUCCGACAAUGACAACAGAUCCCGACACAACUACUCUCGUGUCUUCUGUGGUCGAUAAACACUGUAAGGUGCAGUUGGUUGUUUACCUUUUUGAAAACGCUCCCCAGAUAGUCAACACGUUCGGAUGGCUAUGGAUCAGGUUUUACAUCGCCUACCGUUUUGUCGACUUUGUUAUUGACGAGAUUGUGGGACCCAUUGCUGUGUUCCUCGCCAAGAAAACCCACAGAGCUUUCUGUCGGUAUUGGUUCGCGAAUAACCCCAAGUGA